UUUAAGUCAGAUUGAUGAUGUCACUGCGUGUUUGAUCCAGAUCCUGAGGAAGAAGCCGACCGCUUCAACGACGUCGCCCGCCAGCAUGGACACGAGCGAGGACCCAGACACAGAGAAGGCGCUGAAGGGCUUCGACUUCCUGUCCAGCCCGGACGAGAUGGACACCUCGCCGGAGUCCAGGGGCAACGGGGACGGGACGGACUGGGGGCCAAACCGGUCCAAGCUGCAGGACAUGCUGGCUAACCUGAGAGACGGCGAGGAUCUGUCCCACAUGCAGCCUCCGUCAACGCCACAAUCCAGGCCGAACGCCGCCCGCUUCAACGAGCACGAACCCAACAGAACGGACGAAGUCGAGGCGCUGACCUUCCCGCCCACCUCGGGGAAGUCGUUCAUCAUGGGCGCAGACGAGGCCAUGGAGAGCGAGCUGGGGCUGGGCGAGCUCGCCGGGCUCACCGUGGCCAACGAGGCCGACAGCCUGGCGUACGACAUCGGGAACAACAAGGACGCCAUGAGAAAAACGUGGAACCCCAAGUUCACCCUGCGGAGCCACUUUGACGGGAUCCGAGCGCUGACCUUUCACCCCGUGAGCCCGUACUCUCACACUCAGGACCACACGCUGAAGAUGUGGAACCUGCAGAAGACCGCUCCCGCCAAAAAGAGUACAUCUUUAGACGUAGAACCCAUCUACACCUUCAGGGCUCACAGGGGGGCGGCGGUACUGAGCGUGGUGAUGAGCACCUCAGGGGAGCAGUGUUUCAGCGGAGGGGUCGAUGGGACCAUUCAGUGCUGGAACACCCCCAACCCCAACAUCGACCCGUACGACUCCUACGACGCGUCGAUGCUGCGUGGAGAGUUGUGCGGACACACCGACUCAGUCUGGGGUUUAGUGUACAGCAGCGCUCACCAGCGCCUCCUCUCCUGCUCUGCGGACGGGACCGUGAGGCUGUGGGACGCCAACACCACCUCCCCCGCCCUCGCCGUGUUCAACGAGGACAAAAACCUGGGAGUCCCCUCCUCAGUGGACCUGGUGUGCAGUGACCCCGCCCACCUGGUGACCUCCUUUACAAACGGACAGAUCGGACUCUUCAACAUGGAGACCCGUCAGCUCGUCCUCAGCCUGGAGUCCAAUCUGGAGCCGGGCUCUCCGUGUCAGAUCAACAAGGUCCUCAGCCACCCGACUCUCCCGAUCACCAUCACGGCUCAGGAGGACCGACACAUCAAGUUCUUCGACAACAACAGCGGGAAGAUGAUCCACUCCAUGGUCGCCCACCUGGACGCCGUCACCAGUUUAGCCGUGGAUCCAAACGGACUCUAUCUCAUGUCGGGCAGUCACGACUGCUCCAUCCGUCUGUGGAACCUGGAGAGUAAAACCUGCAUCCAGGAGUUCACGGCUCACAGGAAGAAGUCCGAGGAGUCGAUCCACGACGUGGCGUUUCACCCGUCCAAGUGCUACAUCGCCAGCGCCGCGGACGCUCUCGCCAAAGUGUUUGUAUGA